AUGUAUAAGGUGAACUUUGACGGGGCAAUCUUUAAGGAUUUGGGUGUUGGUCUUGGUGUGGUUAUCCGAGACUCUGAGGGAAUGGUCAUUGGAGCUUUGGCUGAAAGAAAUCCUCUACCAUGUUCAAUUGCCACGGUGGAAUCUUUAGCGUGUAGAAGAGCAGUCUUAUUCGCGAAGGAGAUGAGCAUUUUUGAAGCCACAAUCGAGGGGGAUGCUGAGAUAGUCAUCUUGGCACUUAAGGAUGGGAGCACUAGCAACCCAAAAUUUGGCCAUAUCAUCCAAGAUUCCCCUAUAUUAGCAAAUGAAUUUCGUUUAUGUGUUUUCUCUCAUGUAAAAAGAUUAGGCAAUACUGUUGCCCACUACCUUGCCAGAAAAGCUAAAUCUGGUAAUGAGCUCCAGGUGUGGAUUGAAUCCAUCCCUGAUGAUAUAGUUCCUCUUGUGUAUCGAGACUCUUUGUAG